UUUGCAGAAGGAUCACAUAAGUAAUUCACUGAGAAACCAUAAACCCAUUUCAACCAUUGAAUUGAACAGACCCUAAAACCCUAAACCCCCAAAUUACACCCCCCAAAAUGAUGAGCAUCAUGCUUCGACGGACACCCUCGAUGGCGCGCAACCUCGCCGCCAUCGAAACCCUCCUCAUAAACCGCCUCUCCUUACCGCCAACGCCGUCAUCCGGCCAAGUGAUUCCGGCCUCAGGCGACAUCGUCGGCGAGGCCAAGACCUCCCACGGGUUUCAAGCUAGGAACUUUCAAUCGAAAUCGGUGCCGUUGAAUUAUCGAGCAUCGCCGACUUUGUUGAGCGCCGCCCAGUUCGCAGUUGAGGAUGGCCAAUACGACGAGUCGUCUAAAAAGAGCGGCGACGAUGGCCUCGAGAUUUCGAAGCUAGGGAUUGAUCACGAGAUUGUAUCUGCUUUGGCCAAGAAGGGGAUCACUAAGCUUUUUCCCAUUCAGAGAGCUGUGUUGGAACCAGCAAUGCAAGGGCGUGAUAUGAUUGGUCGUGCUAGAACUGGAACUGGGAAAACUCUUGCAUUUGGGAUUCCCAUUUUGGAUAAAAUCAUUCAAUUCAAUGCCAAACAUGGCCGUGGGAGGAAUCCUUUGGCUUUGGUGUUGGCUCCGACGAGAGAACUUGCAAAGCAAGUUGACAAGGAAUUCUAUGAGGCAGCACCAAGUUUGGAUACGAUUUGUGUGUAUGGUGGUACACCCAUUGGAAGGCAGAUGGGCCAGCUUGACCAUGGUGUUGACGUGGCGGUUGGCACACCUGGUCGUGUUAUUGAUCUCCUUAAGAGGGGUGCUUUGAAUCUAUCGGAAGUUCAGUUUGUUGUUCUUGAUGAAGCUGACCAGAUGCUUCAAGUGGGAUUUCAGGAGGAUGUGGAGAUAAUCUUGGAGAGAUUACCAAAGAAACGUCAGACCUUGAUGUUCUCUGCAACCAUGCCUACAUGGAUCAAAAAUCUUACUAGGAAUUACCUAAAAGAUCCAGCUGUUAUCGAUCUUGUUGGGGAUUCUGAUCAGAAAUUGCCAGAUGGAAUUUCCCUAUACUCGAUUGCUGCAGACUCAUAUGGAAAAGCGUCAAUUAUUGGACCACUGAUAACAGAACAUGCAAGAGGAGGAAAGUGCAUUGUUUUUACUCAGACGAAACGUGAUGCUGAUCGAUUGGCAUCUGCCAUGGCAAGAAAGCAUAAUUGUGAGGCUUUGCAUGGGGAUAUUUCACAGCAACAGAGAGAAAGGACACUUGCAGGUUUUCGAGAUGGGCGUUUCAAUAUUUUAGUUGCCACUGAUGUUGCCGCUCGUGGGCUUGACGUACCCAAUGUUGAUCUGGUGAUACAUUACGAGCUCCCAAAUAAUUCAGAAAUAUUUGUUCAUCGGUCAGGCAGAACAGGUCGUGCUGGGAAGAAAGGCAGUGCUAUUCUUAUUUACUCACAGGAUCAAACCAGGAAUGUAAGGAUGAUUGAGCGAGAUGUUGGAUGCCGCUUUAAAGAGCUUCCCCACAUUGCUGUUGACAGCGGAAGUGCCGACAUGUUCGACAUAGGAAGUGGUGGUCGAUUUAAUCGUUUUGGUGGUCCAGGGGGAGGGAGACCUGGAUUUGGCCGUUCUGGACCUGGCAGUAGAUAUAGUGGACCUAAUUCAGGUCGUUUUGGUUCCUUUGGUGAUUCUGGUCAAUCUAGCACAAGUCGAGGUGGAAACUUUGGCAAUUCAGGUUUCGGUCGCUCAAGUGGUUUUGGGAGUUCCGACCGUUCAAGUGGUUUUGGAAGUUUUGAUCGUUCAGGUGGUUUCGGAAGUUCCGUUCGUUCAAGCGGUUUUGGAAGCUCUGGCCGUUCAAGCGGUUUUGGAGGUUCUGACCGUUCAGGUGGUUUUGGAGGAGGGUUUGGUAGUUCCGACCGAUCAGGUGGUUUUGGAGGAUUUGGCGGUUCUGAUCGUUCUAGUGGAUUCAGAGAUCGUUCCGGUGGUUCUAGGAACUAUGGUUUAGAUCGCCAGAGUGGAUUUGAUGACAAUAAUUCUAGCAGUUUUGGAGAUGAUCAGGAUGCAGGAAGACGAGCCUUUUGAUUUUAAUGCAUGGUAAAUCUAUUUUUUCCUUUCCUCUUGGCUAAGCUACAACAGAGAGAAAACAAUUACUGGAACAACGGAGAGGAAAAUAUUAUCUGAACCAUUUGUUUCCGUUUUUCAAAGGGAAAGAUGAGAGGCAUGUGGAAAAAUGGUGCAUGGCCGUCUGCACCUAUUAAAAGUGCCUAUAAGUAGAAGUCAUUAGAUAUUUAGCUGUUGAUGAAGCGAAAUUGACCCUUAUCAUAUAAAGGAGAAGAGGGCUCUGUCAUGUAAUUUUAGUAUGAUGUAUUUGUUUAUUUGAACGACUCAUCUUUUAUUUGAAGUUUCACAAGAGCUCAGAAGUGUAGUUGUUUAA